GCAAUCCGACUCCGUACCUCUGAGUGGCCCUUACCCCGCUCCUGAACUCCUCGUACUGCGCUUCUGAUUCCCGAGUUUUGGCAAUGGCGACUGUGUUGGAGCCGUCAGCUGUGAAUCCGCCCAUCGCUCUAAAGUCACGUCCAUGUUAUCCCAGUAAUCUAAAGUUUCAGACUUUUCCCCUAAAAUCCACGUCUCACAGUCGUCGUCCUCCUGAUACCAAUCGUUCUUCUUGUGCUGGAAUGUCUUCUCCCUCUUCUUCACGAAGACCCCAAGACACUGGCCUCGAUACUGAAUCCGACCCAGACACGACGCGCGACCGCCGGCGAGCCGUUAGGCUGGCCUGGGAGAAGCUAGUCCGGUGGUCCAGGUCUUGGCGCUCCAAGGUCAAGACUGACGUACUUGAACGGACAAACAAGGUGGCUGUACUAGGAGGGGGAUCAUUUGGGACGGCAAUGGCUGCACAUGUUGCUAAUAAGAAGGCUCAACUGGAAGUCAAGAUGCUUGUGCGGGACCCUCAAGUUUGCUUAUCUGUUAAUGAGAGGCACUUCAAUUGCAAAUACUUCCCUGAACACAAGCUUCCAGAAAAUGUUGUUGCAACAACUGAUGCAAAAGAUGCUUUGGUUGAUGCCGAUUACUGCCUUCAUGCUGUGCCUGUUCAGUUCAGCUCAUCCUUUCUCGAGAGUGUUGCAGAUUUUGUUGAUCCAGGCUUGCCAUUUAUAUCUCUUAGUAAAGGCCUGGAGCUGAACACUCUGAGGAUGAUGUCUCAAAUUAUUCCUCAAGCAUUAAAGAAUCCUCGCCAACCUUUUGUUGCACUAUCAGGGCCUUCCUUUGCUUUAGAAUUGAUGAAUAAGCUUCCCACAGCUAUGGUGGUUGCAUCCAAAGACAAAAAAUUGGCAAAUGCAGUUCAGCAAUUGCUAUCGUCAAGUCAACUAAGAAUAAGUACAUCAAGUGAUGUUACAGGAGUUGAAAUCGCAGGUGCACUUAAGAAUGUGCUUGCAAUAGCCGCAGGUAUUGUGGAAGGUAUGAAUCUAGGCAAUAACUCAAUGGCUGCUCUUGUUGCACAAGGCUGUUCAGAGAUACGAUGGCUUGCAACAAAGGUGAUCAGAUUUCUACCUGCGAUAUCAAUGGGUGCAAAGCCAACAACGAUAACAGGGCUAUCUGGAACUGGAGACAUAAUGCUUACGUGCUUUGUAAAUCUUUCAAGAAACAGAACAGUUGGUGUGCGUCUUGGAUCUGGGGAGAAACUUGAGAAUAUACUGAAUUCCAUGAAUCAGGUAGCAGAGGGUGUGUCUACGGCAGGAGCUGUGAUUGCUUUGGCGCAGAAAUAUAAUGUGAAAUUGCCAGUUUUGACCGCAGUGGCACGCAUCAUUGACAGUGAACUUACUCCAAAAAAAGCCGUUUUCGAGCUGAUGAGCCUUCCUCAGGUGGAAGAAGUAUGAAACUCCCUCAGCUGCGCAUUACAUAGGCACGUCCUUACCUACCAGCUACCUUUUAACUGCUGCUGCAUUUUAUUUGGGCCAUUCUUUCACUGCUGCCUCUUGGAUAUAAUUAUUUUUUUUCCUUCGCCAUUGUGCUUCUGGUGCAGAAGCUUUGGUGAGGACAAUUUUGCAAAAAUGGGAGUCAUCCCGUACAAUUCAUGGAAUUUAAGAAAUAUAGACUAUAUGAAAAUUGAAACCCAGCGACUUAACUCAUGGAAUACUUAUUUGCCA